AUGUCGCACAGCUCCUAUGGUAGGAUGUGGGCCAUGGCCCAGGGAGCCUUGGAGAACCUUCUGGAAGACGAGUUCCCCCAGACUCAGCCUCGUCCUCAGAGGGACCGUCUGCAGGCCUUCCAGACCCUGGCUGCGUUCUACCUGCGUUACCUGCAGAUCAUGCGCAGUCUGGAGGCAGUUUACGACCAGAUCGUCCAUCCCCAGAAGAGACGAGUGGUCCGGCACGUGCUGGACGGGGUCAUGGGCCGACUGUUGGAGCUGAAGAACGAGAUGGUGGAGCUGGAGUACUCCGAGUUUCAUUACUUUGACGACAUGCUGCAGGACUUCAAGAUGAUACCUGACGACCUGGAGGUGCCUAUUCCGCGGUAUUUCCUGCGGGAGAGGGCACGAGCGUUGAGGGAAAGAGAGAAGAUGCUGGUGCACAUUCUUGCCAAAGGUGGACACCUUGAACAGGAGCCAGUAAGUGCUGCAACGAUGUCGCCGGAGACGGCCGUGCGCGUGCUGCAGGUCGGCGAGCGAGCCAGGCAGGGACGGCUCAGGGCCCGCUUCAUGAGGGAGAUCCGAACGGAGGAGCUGAGAGCGGAGCAGCAGAACCGCCGUAGCCCCGGCGUGCUCGCCCCUGACCGGGCCGCCACCCGCAUCCAGAAGGUGUGGCGCGGCUAUCGUCAGAGGAAGAGGACGGAACGGGAACGCUUGGAGGAGAUGAUAUUUCUGGGAAUGUUGCCACCAGAGCAGCCGACGCCCAGCCCCGCCCAACAGCGCGCCCAGCAGGUGGAGGCCAUCCGUCGGCAGAAACAGGAGGAGCAUGAGGCCGAGUACCAGCAGGCGCUGGUCGACAUCAAAGAAACGGUCCGUAACGUGGACGGGCCGGAAAUCCGGGAGAGCCUGCAGGAGCAGAUUCGGCAGUGGUUUCUCGAGUGCCGGGACGCUAACGGAAAGUUUCCAGAUUUCCCCAGUGUUGAGGAUGGAGGUUCAGCCUCCAUAUUUGCCCAGAAGACACCUGAACAGGUUGCGGCGGAAUUGGCUGCCAGAGAAGAGGAGAAAGAGAAGAAGAGGAAAGCCAAGGGAAAGAAAGAGAAAAAGUCCGGAAAAGAGCGCAGAGAAAAGAACAAAAGCAAGAAAGGGAAGACAAAAGGAAAGAAGGAGAAAGGAGAAGUAGAGGAGGAGGAAAACGGCUGGAAAAUUGGACCCAGCAACUUCCUGCCCACUGUGGUAGAAGGAGCCAAGAUGUACAGAGAGGUUUGGAAACGUCGGGACGAGAGACACAACUUUGAGCAGCGGUUUGAUGCCCAGCUGGUGCGCGAGGAGAAGAGAGAGGAGGUGGAAGAGGAGAUCAGGGUUCAGGUGGAUGAACUGAUGAGACAAGAACUGAAGAAUCUGAAGUUGGUGGUGGACCGAGAGAAAGGGAAGAAGAGAAGAAAAGGGAAGAAAGGAAAUAAAAAGAAAAAGAAGAAAGGGAAAAAAGGAGGAAAGAAGAAGAAGAAGAAAGAAAGGGAUCUAACAGCGGACAGGACCAUAGAGUCCCUGUAUGAGGAGCUGGUUCUGGAGGGCAUCCUUAUUCGACCAAUGACCGUCAGGCUUUCGGAUUACAUCGGUGAAUACAGUUAUCUUGCCACGACCCUGAGGCAGGCAGAUGUUGAGCCCAUGCCGUCUCUGUCAGACGUCAGACAGCUCAUCGCCCUCUACGCCGUCCUGCCGCUAGGCUCCCAGUACGUCCACGAAAAAGGCCCGCUGAUCCGCUCGCUGCUGCUGGCUGGUCCGGCAGGGGUCGGGAAGAAGAUGCUGGUCCACGCCGUCUGCACCGAGACCGGCGCCAACCUGUUCAACCUCUCGCCCGCUAACCUGGCGGGCAAAUACCCGGGCAGAACCGGGCUCCAGUACCUGCUGCACGUGGUACUCAAGGUGGCCCGCCAGCUGCAGCCUUCUGUCAUUUGGAUCGGGGAUGCUGAGAAAACAUUCUACAAGAAAGUUCCAAAGUCAGAGAAGGAGAUGGAGCCUAAAAGACUGAAGAAAGACUUGCCAAAGAUGCUGAAGUCGAUAAAAGCGGAGGACAGGGUGUUAGUGGUGGGCACCACACGGCGGCCGUUUGACGCCGAGCUCAAACACCUGUGUAAAGUUUAUCGAAAGAUUGUCAUGGUACCGCGGCCAGACUACGGCUCCAGAUACGUUCUGUGGAGGGAACUGCUGAAGGCCAGGGGUGCGGAACUGGGCCCGGCGCUGGACCUCAGCUCGCUGGCCAAGGUCACAGACGGCUACACUCAAGGUCACAUCCUGCGGGCGGUGCGGUGCGUCCUGAGCACCCGCCGCCUCCAGCAGCAGGCGGAGAGACCCCUUAGAGCGGCGGAGUUCAUCCCCGCUCUCGCAAAACAAGACCCCGUCUACAAAGAGGAAGAAGAGACCUUAAAGGCAUGGUACAGCCGGACACCGCUGGGCAAGAAACGAGCACGCGCAGCCAAAGCAAACGAGGAAGAGGCCGAAACGGGGAAAGAGAAAGUCAAGCCAGGGAGAGGGAUGAAAAAAGUCAAAGACGAGAAGGGGAAAAAGAAGAAGAAGAAAGCCAAAUGA